AAAGCAUUUGUUUUUCUUGAGAAGAAAAAAAGAAAAGAAACUAACGUCUGUUAGCGAGGUUAGCGUUAAGACCGUCUUCUGUUGUUUUUCUGCGAGACCUUUCUUUAAACUCCGAUUUCGGUUCCGGUUCGCUCCAGAUCCGGCUAUCUCCGAAAAUGAGUAGCCUGGUUGAGAGGCUUCGUGUUAGAUCGGAGCGAAGGCCGGUUUACAACUUAGACGAAUCAGAUGAUGAGGAUUUUUUAUCUAAAAAACAUGGGAAAUACGAAGAACCGAUUGAAAGGAUAAUCCGGGAUGAUGCGAAAGCUGACUGCUGCCAAUCUUGUGGAGAAGGCGUCGAUCUUCUAAGCUGUGUAACUUGUAGUUAUGCUUAUCAUCCCAAGUGCCUGCUUCCACCUUUAAAGGCUACUCCUCCUAGCAACUGGAAGUGUCCUGAAUGUGUUAGCCCUCUGAAUGACAUUGAUAAGUUAUUGGACUGUGAAAUGCGUCCUACUGUAGCUGGUGAUGAUGAUGCCUCUAAGCUGGGUUCAAAGCAAAUUUUUGUCAAACAGUAUCUUGUGAAGUGGAAGGGAUUAUCUUAUCUUCACUGUACUUGGGUUCCUGAGAAAGAGUUCUUGAAAGCAUUCAAGUCAAAUCCUCGUUUGAAGACUAAAGUAAACAACUUUCAUCGUCAAAUGGAUUCAAACAAUAAUUCCGUGGAUGAAUUUGUCGCUAUUCGGCCUGAAUGGACUACCGUCGAUCGAAUUCUAGCUUGCAGGGGAGAUGAUGAUGAGAAGGAAUAUCUUGUGAAGUAUAAAGAACUUCCUUAUGAUGAAUGUUAUUGGGAAUUUGAAUCAGAUAUAUCUGCAUUUCAGCCUGAAAUAGAAAGAUUUAACAGAAUUCAAUCUAAAUCGCGUAAACUGAAGAAGCAAAAAAGCAGCAUUAAAGAUGCUACCGACUCCAAUAAAAAACCAAAAGAGUUUCAACAGUGCGAGCAGAGUCCUGAUUUUCUAACUGGAGGUUCCUUACAUCCAUAUCAACUAGAAGGCCUGAACUUCUUACGAUUUUCAUGGUCCAAACAGACGCAUGUGAUACUUGCUGAUGAGAUGGGGCUCGGGAAAACAAUACAGAGCAUUGCAUUUUUAGCAUCUCUUUUUGAAGAAAACAUCUCCCCACAUUUGGUAGUAGCUCCACUUUCCACGUUGCGGAACUGGGAGCGUGAGUUUGCAACAUGGGCACCCCAACUGAAUGUUGUUAUGUACGUUGGUGCUGCUCAGGCUCGUUCUGUUAUAAGGGAAUAUGAAUUUUACUACCCUAAGAGGCAUAAGAAGCUUAAGAAAAAGAAAUCUGGUCAAGCGGUAGGUGAAAGCAAACAAGACAGAAUAAAAUUCGAUGUCCUUUUAACUUCGUAUGAGAUGAUUAACUUGGACACAGCAUCAUUGAAACCAAUAAAGUGGGAGUGCAUGAUUGUUGAUGAAGGUCAUCGUCUUAAAAAUAAAGAUUCAAAAUUAUUUCUUUCAAUGAAGCAGUAUUCUAGUAAUCAUCGUGUGCUGUUGACCGGAACUCCGCUUCAGAACAAUCUGGAUGAACUUUUCAUGCUCAUGCACUUCCUUGAUGCUGGGAAGUUUGCUAGUCUGGAGGAGUUCCAGGAGGAGUUUAAGGAUAUAAAUCAAGAGGAGCAAAUUUUGAGACUUCAUAAAAUGUUGGCUCCCCAUCUUCUUAGAAGGGUGAAGAAGGAUGUCAUGACAGAGCUACCUCCUAAAAAGGAACUCAUUUUACGUGUUGACUUAAGCAGCAAGCAGAAAGAAUAUUACAAGGCGAUUUUGACUCGCAACUAUCAAAUAUUAACUCGACGUGGUGGUGCACAGAUCUCUCUUAUCAAUGUGGUUAUGGAACUGCGGAAGCUCUGCUGUCAUGCUUACAUGUUAGAAGGAGUUGAACCAGAUAUACAAGAUUCUGAUGAGGCUUUUAGACAGCUCAUAGAAUCUUCUGGAAAACUACAACUGCUGGACAAGAUGAUGGUCAGGCUCAAAGAGCAGGGACACAGAGUUCUUAUUUAUUCACAGUUUCAGCACAUGCUAGACUUGCUGGAAGAUUACUGUGCAUAUAAGAAAUGGCAAUAUGAACGAAUAGAUGGGAAGGUUGGUGGAGCCGAGAGACAAAUACGCAUAGACCGCUUUAAUGCUAAAAAUUCUUCAAGAUUUUGUUUUCUGCUUUCUACUAGAGCUGGAGGAUUGGGCAUAAACCUUGCAACUGCCGAUACGGUUAUAAUAUAUGACAGUGAUUGGAAUCCUCAUGCUGAUCUUCAAGCUAUGGCUAGAGCUCAUCGACUUGGCCAAACAAACAAGGUAAUGAUUUUUAGGCUCAUUACACGAGGUACUAUUGAGGAACGGAUGAUGCAGAUGACUAAGAAGAAAAUGGUUUUAGAACAUCUUGUUGUUGGAAGGUUGAAAGCACAAAAUAUUAAUCAGGAAGAACUAGAUGAUAUUAUCAGGUAUGGUUCAAAGGAGCUAUUUGCUGAUGAGAAUGAUGAAGCAGGGAAAUCACGUCAAAUUCAUUAUGAUGACACUGCUAUAGACCGAUUACUGGACCGUGAACAAGUUGGAAAUGAAGAGACUUCAGUGGACGAUGAAGAGGAAGAUGGGUUCUUGAAGGCCUUUAAGGUUGCAAAUUUUGAAUAUAUUGACGAAGCAGAGGCUGCAGCAGAGGCGGCAGCUCAAAAGGCUGCAGAAGAAGCUAAAGCUACCAUCAAUAAUCCUGACAAGACAAAUUUUUGGGAGGAGUUGUUGAAAGACAAAUAUGAAGUGCAUAAAGUUGAAGAGUCUAAUGCUUUGGGAAAGGGAAAACGGAGCCGUAAACAGAUGGUAUCUGUUGAAGAAGAUGAUCUUGCUGGUUUGGAAGAUGUAAGUUCGGAUGGUGAAGAUGAUAACUAUGAGGCUGAUUUGACCGAUAGUGAAACAGCUUCUUCUGGAACUCAGUCUGGGAGAAGACCUUAUAAAAAGAAAGCUCGAGUGGAUAAUAUGGAACCAAUCCCUUUGAUGGAAGGCGAGGGAAGAUCAUUUAGGGUUUUGGGUUUUAAUCAAAAUCAGAGGGCUGCAUUUGUGCAAAUUUUGAUGAGGUUUGGUGUUGGGGAGUAUGACUGGAAGGAGUUCACACCUCGCUUGAAACAGAAAUCAUAUGAAGAAAUAAGAGACUAUGGAAUCCUUUUCUUGUCACAUAUUACUGAAGAAAUAACGGACUCACCGAACUUUUCAGAUGGUGUUCCUAAAGAAGGACUUCGAAUACAAGAUGUACUUGUCAGGAUUGCUGUCCUGCUUCUGAUCAGAGAUAAGGUGAAGUUCGCAACAGGAAAGUCUGGGAUUCUACUUUUCACAGAUGACAUUGUAUUGCGGUAUCCAGGACUAAAGUGUGGAAAGUUUUGGAAAGAAGAACAUGACUUGUUACUACUUCGUGCAGUCCUGAAGCAUGGAUACGGAAGAUGGCAAGCUAUUGUUGAUGACAAAGACUUGAAGAUUCAGGAGCUCAUUUGUAAAGAAUUGAAUCUACCUUUUAUAAAUCUACCUGUUCCGGGUCAUGCUAGUGCUCAAGCUCAAAAUGGUGCUAACACUAUUAACAUAGAAGCUCCUAACAUCCAACUUCAGGGAAAUGGUAAUGGCAAUGGCAUAGCAGCUGAUGUUGCACCGGGGACAGCUGAUGCUGCUAACCAAGCACAGAUUUAUCAAGAUUCUAACAUGUUAUAUCAUUUUAGAGAUAUGCAAAGACGACAGGUUGAGUUCAUUAAGAAACGAGUUCUUCUUUUGGAGAAGGGGCUCAAUGCCGAGUACCAAAAAAUAUACUUUAAUGACUCGAAAUCAAAUAACAUUAUAAUGGAAGAGCGUGAGGCUGAUGUAAAGGCUUCUGAUGCAUCAGGUUUAAGAUCCACAGAAAUCGAUGCUCCAAUUAUUGAUCUGCCUCGAAUAGAACCUAUCACGUCGGAAGAAAUUCGGGCAGCUGCUUGUGAUAAUGAUCCAGGUAGAUUGGAACUGCCGCAACUCUAUAAUAAGAUGUGCAAAAUAGUGGAGCAAAACAAUCAUGAAUUAAUCCAGACAGCCAUAACAAACCAACCGGCGAGUCUCAAGCUGAGACAGGACCUUCUACCACUGGAGACUAUUUCUCAACAGAUAAAUCAAAUUCUUUCCCAUCCACAACAGAAGCCACCUAAUUCUGGACAGAAUGUACUAGAUUCAAAUGAACCCCAAGCUGAGUCACAGGGCGGCCCACCACAACCGCAUUCAUCGGCAAUGGAGGAUACUGAAAUGAAGGAAAGCAGUGAACUGACAGGUGCGGAGCUUGUUGAAGAACCUAACAAAUCUUCACAUGAUAUUCCACCACCUGCUGAUGCAACUCCAAAGGAAAAUGUAAGUUCACCAGGAUCGACAAAAAACGAUGUUGAAAUGGUAGAAGCUCAAAAUUCCGACAAUGAAAUGAAGAACGGUGCUAACGCCAAAACUGACCCUAUAGUUGAUGAAAAUGAGACCACAGAAAAAUCAAACUGAGGAGUCAUUAUUAUGGUUGAUUGAUAAUAUAUACAAAUAGGAACAUGGUUAGCCAUGAGAUGUACCAUUUAGUUUACGGGCUUCAGCUAAUUUGACUGUCAAAAUCAUAACAUUUAUAAAACAGUUAUGCAAAAAUGCAGGAGCAACUGUCGCUGUUUCGGAAAUCCUAGUUUUACUAACUUACUAUGGGUUGCAUGUUUGUACGAGACUGUAUUCAGCCGAAGCCAAUUAAAAAUAUAGUUUUUAGAUGAUUGAA